AUGGCAGAAAUCAGCUCGCACCAAAAGGAAGCAGCCAUGGCUACUACCACCCCAGACUCUCACAAUGUCGCCGCGCAGGACAUGUACAAGCCCGGCGGCGGAGGAGGACUCGAGGACAAACCCUCCAAACCUGAACUUCUCGGCUGGUACAUGUACGGACUCUGCUCCUACUUCCUCCACACCGUCCUCAUCCCCAUCGUCUUCCCGCUCAUUAUCAGCCAGACCGUCUCAGAUCCGCCGGCCCCGCCGCAGGGCUGGGAGAGGAGCUACCAGAAUGUCACCUGCAAGCACAGUGAAAUGCUACUAUAUGAAGAACUGGUGCACAGGGCAAUUAAACUGGGUGGGAAGAAUGUAUCCCCGCUGGAAUGGACUUCGAUCUCUUGGUUCAUGGGGCUAAUUCUUUCAGCGCCUGUAUUGGGCAUUGUUUCGAUCCUCCUUGAUUAUAGCCACUAUCAGCAGCUUAUAGCUGGUGCAGCCACCAUAAUUGGAGCCAUCUUCUGCCUCCCAGCCGGCUUUUUCAAGAAGUCGUGGAUCUUUCCGCCAUACAUUGCCAUCAUCGUGGCAGCAAACACCAUUGUUGGUGCAGCUCAUGCCCGCCACCUUGGCCUAAUGAUCCGCGGAUUCACAGGCUCCGUCAUACCGCAGCAACAGUUUGCAAACAGAAGAUCCUUCACCAGCCGGCUGUCCCUCUACUCAACUGCAGCGGGCUGCUUGGGAGCUGCAAUCAUGUCUUCAUUCACAUACCACAUGUUCAGCCACAAGGACCACUUCACCGCGAUGUGGGUUGUUUCCAUAUUCAGCGGCCUUGUUUGGGGUCUAGGAUUGCUCCACAUUUUCAGCACAGACAGAGCCACGACAACUUACAACGACGCACCAUCACAUUCUGCGCCCAUAACGCACGUGUUGUCCAUCUUCAGAUACCCGCAUGCUGCAGGGAGUCUUGCUGGAGUUUUCCUAUCAUCUUUUAUGUCAAUGUGCAUCUUCGGAGCAGCAUUGCUUCAUGCCAUGGGAUACAGUUGCUUCCAAACAAAGAACAUAUUGUUUCUAUGGCUAACAUAUUUCAUGGUUCCUAUAGCUUCUCUUCCAUUGGUACAUCCACUUCAGCUAGCCAUGAAAUUAGAUGCGGAGAAGAUGCAGCUUCUUGGCUUCAUAUUGUCUACUUUGGCAUCAGGGUUUGGUUUCUAUUAUAAAGGAGCCAUGUGGACUAAAGGCAAUCUGUUUUUCUUCGCAGCUGUACAGGGAUCUGCCACAGGUUUCCUGCAUGCUUUCGGGAGAGUUCUGUGGUUGGAUUGUUCCCCGGCAGGUAAAGAAGGUGCAUUUUCUGUGUGGUUUUCAUGGGCACGAGCACUAGGAGCUUGUGCAGGAUUCGCGGUAGCAACUUCCAUACCUGGAAAUGUUGGCAGAGCGUUUGGAGCAUCAUUCUGUGCAGGGCUCGUGGGGAUGGUUAUUCUGAUAUUCGGAAAUAUCAGCAGCUUCAAAGGAGCGAAAGCAGCCGGGCACGUCGUCAAAAGUGGGAAGAACACCCCUGCCCCUGAAUUUGUUGCUGAUCAUUCCAAGACUACUGUUUUAUCUGAGGUUCUAGCUAAAGGAAAGGCUGAAGUUUAAAAGGCUGUUUGCCCUUUUCAUUUAUUUGUCGUUUGCUCUUUUUCUUUCUUCAUUUUCUCUUUUUUGAUGUACUUGAUGAGUUUGGAUCUAUUUCAUAUUCUUUUGUAAAAGAGGCGUGGCAUGUAAAGUAAACCUGUGUUGCUUCUCCAAAUGAUGAGGAUCAGAAGAAACUUUUUAGGAUAACAAGUGUAUGAAUUGUUGUUUUGUCAA